AUGUCCACCCCAGCGGAACGCUCGCCCGACGACGACUUCGACGACUCCGGUCUCGAGGGCAACAAUAUGGCCAAUUCCGAUGAGCAGCUCGCCUACGACGAAGCCAUUGACCCGUCCCAUAUCAUGCCGGAGGACUGCGCCCCGCAUAGCCGCACAGCAGUAACCUACAAGGCGAGCCCAGUGCGGAUAAUCUUCCCGAGGGGCCUUGCUAGAUAUAUACUCUGA